AUGACGCGUCCUCAAAAUGUCGGUAUCAAGGCCUUGGAGAUCUAUAUUCCAGGUCAAUACGUGAGCCAGACCGAGCUCGAAGCCUUUGAUGGUGUUUCUGCUGGAAAGUACACCAUCGGUCUAGGACAAACCAAGAUGGCGUUUGUCAACGACAGAGAAGACAUCUACUCGAUGGCCUUGACUGUCUGCAACAACUUGUUGAAGAACUACAAGAUCGACCCUAACUCUAUCGGUAGAUUAGAGGUGGGAACAGAGACUUUGCUCGACAAGAGUAAGAGUGCCAAGUCUGUCUUGAUGCAGCUGUUUGGUGAGAACACCGACAUCGAAGGUAUUGACACCUUGAACGCUUGUUACGGUGGUACCAACGCCGUGUUUAAUGCCAUUAACUGGGUGGAAUCGUCCGCUUGGGAUGGAAGAGACGCGAUCGUCGUUUGUGGAGACAUUGCCAUUUACGAGAAAGGUGCUGCCAGACCAACCGGUGGUGCAGGUACUGUUGCUAUGUUGAUUGGUCCUGAUGCUCCAAUCACUUUCGAGCCAAUCAGAGGUACUUUCAUGCAACACGCAUACGACUUCUACAAGCCAAACUUCGUCUCUGAGUACCCUGUUGUGGACGGUCACUUCUCCCAAACUUGUUACAUUAAAGCUGUUGAUGAAUGUUAUGCCAGCUACUCCAAGAAGGCUGCUGCCAAGGGUCUUUCCAAGACCAAGACUGUUGGCGUGAAGUUCUUUGACUACAACUGUUUCCACGUUCCAAACUGUAAGCUUGUGGCCAAGUCUUACGGAAGAAUGUUGUACAACGACUUUAGAGAGGACCCAUCCAUCCUACCAGAUGUUGACGCUCAGUUGGCUACCCAAGAAUAUGAGAGCUCUUUGACUGACAAGGCUUUGGAGAAGACUUUCGUCACCGCUGCCAAGGGUCUCCACAAGGAGAGAGUUGGUGCUUCUUUGGAAGUUGGAACCAACGUUGGAAACAUGUACACUGGUUCCGUUUACGGUUCUUUGGCCUCCCUGCUGUUCUACGUCGGAAACGACGCUUUGCAGGGUAAGAGAAUUGGUUUGUUUUCUUACGGUUCUGGUCUGGCUGCCUCUCUCUUCUCUGCCAAGGUUACUGGCGACAUCUCGCACAUUGUCAAAGUUCUAGACAUCCAAAACAAGCUUGACAGCAGAAAGCACAGAACUCCUGAGGAGUACGAGGCUGGCUUGAGCCUCAGAGAGAAGAUCCACUUGCAGAAGUCUUUCAAGCCAACUGGUGACAUCGACUACAUUCCAAAGGGAUCUUUCUACCUCACCGAGAUUGAUGACAAGUUCAGAAGAGUUUACGAGGUGAAAAAAUAA